UAUCCAUUUUUAUAAAUGGAUAUCUUCUUGGUUAUUUCAUGCAUUCGCAACUCUUUUUUCAAUAAGUUCUCUUCCUUUCUUUCUAACAAAGUCUCCAAGCUCAGACCAAUGGUGGGUGAAGCAAAGUUGAUAAAAAAUAGGGUGACAAAACCCGUAUCCAGAGAUGAUUUAUUUCAUUUCAUUAAAUCAGCCAUUUCCAAUGAACAACAACAAACAGACCCAUUUUACGUGCUGGAUUUGGGUGCAAUCAGGUCCCUGGUGGAGACAUGGUUCGAUAAUCUUCCAGUGGUUCAACCUUUCUAUGCUGUCAAAUGCAACCCUAACCCUGCUUUCCUCAAAGAAAUGGCAGCUCUCGGCACCGGCUUCGACUGUGCAAGCCUUCCUGAGAUUGAAACCAUUUUGUCCCUUGGGGUUUCGCCUGAUCGAAUCGUUUUCGCAAACACAUGUAAACCCGAGUCUCACAUCAAGUAUGCAGCUAAAUUUGGCGUUAACUUAACCACUUUCGACUCCAACUGUGAGCUCGAAAAGAUCAAAAAGUGGCACCCGAAAUGUGCACUGUUGAUCCGAAUCAAAGUCCCGGAAACCAGUGGUGCAACAUUCAAGUUCGGUUCCAAGUUCGGUGCACUCCCUGAGGAAAUUGUUCCGCUUCUGAAAGCAGCUCAAGAGGCAAAGCUCCAAGUCGUUGGCGUCUCAUUUCAUAUUGGGAGCAGAGCAAUUAACUUCCAUGCAUUCGAAGAUGCCAUUGGAGCAGCCAAAACAACGUUCGACACUGCAGCUCAACUUGGGCUACCUAAAAUGCAUAUCUUAGACAUCGGUGGAGGCUUCACAUCAGGUCCAAAGUUUACCGAUGCAGCCUCCGCCGUGAAAGUUGCUUUACAAAAAUAUUUCCCCGAUGAGCUAGCUGAUGGUAACUUAAAAAUCAUUGCGGAACCUGGUCGCUUCUUUGCUAAUUCGCCAUUUACAUUAACAACAAGCGUAAUAGGGAAACGAGAAAGGGCGGAGGUUAAGGAGUACUGGAUUAGCGAUGGGAUUUCGGGGUCGAUGAAUUUUUUGAAGUACGAUCACGAUGAAGUGAUUUGCACUCCUCUCAUCAUGAAAAACCCCACAUGCAAAGAAUUGAAAACAUGGAGUUCCACUGUUUUUGGACCGACAUGCGAUGCAGCUGAUACGGUUUUGAAGGGUUUUGAAUUGCCAGAAUUGGACGUGAAUGAUUGGCUGGUCUUUCACAACAUGGGUGCUUAUACUUCAUCCCGUGGGAAUGAUUUCAACGGGUUCAAAACUUCGGCCAUUCCAACUAUUGCCUAUGAAAAUUAAUGGUCGCCAUAUGGUCACCCUUAGAAGAAGCAAACAAAUGUGUUUUCCUCGUGGUGUUUAAAUUUUCAAAUGGUUGUUUUUGUUGUUUUCUGAUGAGUGGUCUGUUUUCUUUUGUUAAUGUGAUGCUCUGAUUGCUAUGUUUGUGAGCCUCAUGUUUAUAAUAAAACUUUUAUUUGCUGAAGAAAA